GAAUCUCCUGAGCGGUUCUGGGCAGCUCUUGCGUGGGACGGACACAUUGGCCGACGCUGGUCUCCAGCUUGGGGAUGCUUUGACUUUUCAGAUCCGCCAGGUGGCGGUAGCUGCCUCUUCCACGGCUUUUGCGGCCAUCCUGGGUGAUGGCUCUGUGGCGACCUGGGGGCAAGCCAGCGCAGGGGGA